UUGCUUUACAGAGGAGCGACGUGGACACCAAAACGACGGGUCGGAAUAGAACACACUCCUCCUACCACGGAAGACUGGGGGAGACUCUGUGAUGUCGUAAUCGAUCGACCGGAAGACUGCAAGGAGCUGCCGAAAAAUAUAAAAAAAGAGAACAAGGACAGUAGUGAGUGCAGUAUUUGUGGCAAGUCAGUGACUCGCGCGAGUAGGGCGCGACAUAUACGAGCGCACGAAGCAGCGGGCACCCAGCGCUACCGCUGCAGCGUGUGCGGGUGUGCCUUCUCAGACAGCGGAAACCUCGCGCGCCACGUCCGCGCCCUGCACGCCGCGCGUCGGCCUCACACGUGCUCCCUCUGCCGCCGGAGCUUCACGCGCGCCGCUCACCUCGCCGAUCACUUGCGAUCACAUGACGAUCGCAGGGAUUACGUGUGUCACGUGUGCGGGAAAGCGUCCAAGACCAGCGCCGGGCUGCGCUCACACCGCCGCGUGCACGCCGAAGAGUUCGGAUUCGAGUGCCCGGCCUGUUCGGCGCGAUUCAAAACAGGCCGCCAGCUGCGCGCGCACGCCUCUGUACACACGGGUGAGAGGCCAUACGCCUGCACUUGUGGAGCCGUCCUUCCGCCUGCGCGCUCAGCUUACCAGGCACGAGCGUACUCACACACGGACACAACAACCGCCGACUGA